GAGAAGGUGGCACAGGGGCAGAAGCAACAAGAAGGGAGAGGUGGGAGCUGUAAAGACCUGCCCUCCCCACCACUGCUGCUCUUUGCCCUCUCAGUUCCUCCUGCCCCUGGUUCCUCUUUCCCACUGACUCCCAGAGCAGGUCAGCUCACAUAAAGCCAGGCGGGGCUGCAGGAGUGCAGUGCUCAACAUGCCUACCUUAGCACAGGCCUUUUGGUCACUGCUUCUGUGGCCACCACUGCUGCUGCUACUCACCCUGCCAGCCACAGGCUCAGACCCUGUACUCUGCUUCAGCCAGUAUGAGGAAUCUUCAGGGAAGUGUAAGGACUUCCUGGGGGAACAUGUCCGUGAGGAAGACUGCUGUCUCAACCCUAACUAUGCCUUCCAGGAGCCUGACAGUAAGCUCUGUCAGGCAUGCAGGCCCCCACGAUGGUCAGUGUGGUCCAGUUGGACUCCCUGCUCAGUGAGCUGCACUGAGGGCUCCCAGCUGCGGCACCGGCGCUGCAUAGGCUGGGGCGGACAAUGCCCUGAGAAGGUGCAGCCUGGGACCCUCGAGUGGCAGCUGCAGGCCUGUGAGGACAAGCCAUGUUGUCCCGAGAUAGGCGGCUGGUCCGACUGGGGAGCCUGGGCACCUUGCUCUGUCACCUGUUCCAAAGGGACCCGGACUCGCCGUCGAACAUGUGAUCAGCCAGCCCCCAAGUGUGGGGGCCAAUGCCCAGGAGACGCACAGGAGUCAGAGGACUGUGAUACGAAGCAGAUCUGCCCCACACAUGGGGCCUGGGCUGCUUGGGGCCCUUGGGGCCCUUGCUCAGGCUCCUGCCAUGGUGGACCCAACAUGCCUGUGGAAAGACGAAGUCGCACAUGUUCUGCACCUGAGCCCUCCACGAAGCCCCCUGGGAAGCCAUGUCCAGGGUCAGCCUAUGAGCAGCGGGCUUGCAGCGGCCUGCCACCCUGCCCAGUGGCUGGAGGCUGGGGGCCAUGGGGCCCUGUGAGCCCCUGCCCGGUGACCUGUGGCCUUGGCAAGACCACAGAACAACGGACAUGUGAUCACCCUGUGCCCCAGCAUGGCGGCCCCUUCUGUGCUGGUGAAGCUACCCGGACCCACAUCUGCAACACGGCUGUGCCCUGCCCUGUAAAUGGAGAGUGGGGGACAUGGGAGGAAUGGAGCACCUGUAUCCGCCCAAAGAUGCAACGCAUCAGCUGUCAGGAGAUCCCAGGCCAGCAGACACGCUCAAGGAGCUGCAAGGGCCGCAAAUUUAAUGGACAUCGAUGUCCUGGGGAACAACAGGAUAUCCGGCACUGCUACAACAUCCAGCGCUGCUCCUGGGAAGGCUCAUGGUCAGAGUGGAGUACCUGGGGGCUGUGCACGCCCCCAUGUGGACCCAACCCCACCCGCAGUCGCCAGCGCCUCUGCAAGGCCCAUCUCCCCAACUUCUCGCCCACUGUUACCAUCGUUGAAGGUCAAGGAAAGAAGAAUGUGACCUUCUGGGGGAAACCAUCAUCAGUGUGUGAGAUGCUACAGGGGCAGAAGGUGGUAGUGGAAGAGAAACGUCCAUGUCUACACGCACCUGUCUGCAAAGACCCUGAGGAUGAGGAGCUCUAACACCUCUGUUCCAUUCUGACACCCUAACCUCCCAGUCCUCAAUAAAGCAGCCUCUUCCCCAA